AUGGUGCCGGAUGUGAGGGCGGGCAGGAAGGAGGAGCGGGAUUUGGGCGAGGAGAAGGAGGUGGUGCGGGUGGAGGCUCCGGCACCAGAGCCGCGAGAGCCGCGAUACGUUGUGCGUGAGCCGAGACGGAUGGCUGUGAAGAACAUGAUGGCGGGGGGAUGUGAGGAGGUGGGAGAGGCGAAGGAUGAUCCGGAAGAAAAUGAAGAUAGUUCGGAGGUUGACGAUGAGCGGUGUCGAUUUGAGAGAGGAGAGUGCGAAACGUUGCGAAGCUUCCAAGGAUAUGCUUAG